AUGAACACUAAAGUCGCUGUUUAUCCAUCUGUGGACCCGUGGAGUAAAUUCCCUGCCGCGACCCGUCUGAACCCCAUAGACUCUGCCGCUCCUGCAUGGAUCUUCCCUUCACUCCUCCCUGUGCAGAUCUCCACCCGUCCGACCAGUGAGAAAAUGCACUCUGCUGAACCCGACCCGUCCCUGGACCCCGAGCAGCCCGAGGCCCAGAUGGACUUCUUCCUCAAGCUGGGAUACUCCACGGCUCAGGUUCGGUCCGUUCAGCAGAAGUUUGGCCCCAACAUAGACACAGAUAAGGUUCUGGGCGAGCUGAUGAAGAUGGGUGUCAGUCAGGAGGCCAAGCAGGUGCCGCUGACCAUGAUGUCGGUGGUGCUGCCCAGGGAGGACCCCCAGGCCGGGGGUCCCACGCUGCAGCUGCCCGUCACUGUGUCGACUCCUCCGACCCGAGAGGAGAGCAGCGAGGACGAAGACGCCCUGAGACCCAUCGUGAUCGACGGCAGCAACGUGGCCAUGAGCCAUGGGAACAAGGAAGUCUUCUCGUGUCUGGGAAUCCAGUUGUCUGUGAACUUCUUCCUGGACCGAGGUCACACCAACGUCACCGUGUUCGUUCCCUUGUGGAGGAAAGAGCAGCCGCGGCCUGAUGUUCCCAUCACAGAUCAGCACAUCCUGCUGGACCUGGAGAGGAGGAAGAUCCUGGUGUUCACGCCGUCGCGGCGCGUCGCAGGCAAGCGAGUGGUCUGUAACGACGACUGCUUCAUCGUGAAGCUGGGCUACGAGUCCGACGGCAUCAUCGUGUCCAACGACAUGUACCGGGACCUUCAGGGGGACAAACCCGAGUGGAAGCGCUUCAUCGAGGACAGGCUGCUCAUGUACUCCUUCGUUAAUAACAAGUUUAUGCCACCUGAUGAUCCUCUAGGCCGCUAUGGACCAACUCUGGAGAACUUCCUGAGAAAGUUUCCUAAGACGCAGAAAAAACUCCUGUGCCCUUAUGGAAAGAAAUGCACUUAUGGAAUCAAAUGUAAAUUCCACCAUCCUGAGCGAGCCAAACAGUCCAACCGCUUGGUUGCCGAUGAGAUUCGGGAAAACGCCAAGCUCCCUUCAGCCGCUCAGAAGCAGUCCUCGGCUUGUUCCAGUCCGGUCCCUGGACAGAGCCUGUUGCUGGUGGAGGACAUGGCCAGGAAACUGAGUCUGGGACACGAGAGCGUCUCCGUGAAGAAAGAUCACAAAAACGAACACGGAGCUCAGGUGAAGACGAGUCACCGCUCCGGCAAGAAGGCGACGUGCAGGAAGGAGAAGAGCAGCUUCCACUCGUCCUCCGACCACGGCUCAGUGCGGGAAUCUCCCGAGCCGCUGGACUCUGGUUUAGGAUCCAUCGACAGUCAGCCCAUGGAGGCGCCCUGGAUUAAUGAUUACCAGUACGGGGCGUCGUACAGGAGCAUCCAGCACGUCCACAGUGUCCGACAGCAGUGCUGCCCUCCAGCUCCAUGCAGCUGCUGCUCACACGGCCCUCCCUCUCGGGGGGGCGCACCAGCUUUCCAGCACCACAGCCACCAUCACAGCCUCGGGCCCGUCAGCAGCCACGGCUCUGACACACCCCCGUACGGCCAACCUCAUUACCACGGCUACAGUGCGUACCCGGUCAGCGCGCCUGCUGCAUACAGUCAGCCGGCGGAUUACCAGCACAGCAGAGUCCACCACCACCGGCAGCAGCAGCAGACGUACUGGUCCGAUCCAUUUGGGGGUCACACUCCGGCGGCCCACCGCCUGCAGGGGGAGCGCUCGCAGUGGGAGCAGCCUCAGGCGACCCAGCCCGGCAGAGAGGAGCGAGAGGUCGUUCGCAAGAAGCUCCUCGCCAUCUUCAGCGGCCACCUGGUGGACACGGCCAUGGAGAUGUUCCCUCAGUCCAUGGAUCCACAGAUGCUCGUCGCCGAGAUCCUCCGGCUGCAGAGUCAGAACCGGCCACCGAGAUGA